AUGGAACAGUUGGCCAUGGAGACAUUUUCUGACGACAUUUUAGUUACAUUUCAUGAAUUGAUUAAAAUGUUCGUGGUUAUCAUGAAUGGCACUUCCAACGUUGUGAUCUUACAUUGUGAAAACCAGGUCACGGUCAUUUUCAGAAUGUUCCCCUAUGCUUCAGAUUUUGAAGAGAUACCAAUCCAGAGGAAAGAUAAAGUUUGGAUAAUGACAGCCCAGAUGGAGUUCACCUCCCUUUCCUUUCAAAGAAUGCGAGGGAUGGAUUUCUUCCAUGGGGCCAUAUCUUUUGCAGUGUCCUCCAAGGAGAUUUCUGGGUUCAAACAUUUUGUACAAACGAGAAAGCCAACUGCAGAAAAGGAAGACCAUUUAACAAGAUUGUUCUGGGAACAGGCAUUUUUGUGUUCUUUCCCCAGUUUGGAUAAGGACAUUGAGAUAAUGUGCACUGGAGAAGAGAAUUUGGAGAGUCUUCCUAAUGCUAUCUUUGAUACCACCAUGACUGGGCAAAGUUACAGCAUCUAUAAUGCAGUCUAUGCUGUGGGAAAUGCAUUGCGAGCCGUUCUUUCGCCCAGAUUCAAAUAUAAAGUUAUGGCAGCCAAUGAGAGACUAGUGACUGUGAAUCAAGAGGCCUGGCAGCUUCAUCACUAUUUGAGAACACUUUCAUUUAACAACAGUGUUGGAGAUGAAAUUGUCUUUAACAAAAAUGGGGAAUUAGGAACUGGAUUUGAUAUCCUCAACUGGAUCGCACUACCAAACCAGACUUUCCUUAAGGUCAAAAUUGGAAGGGUAGAUCCCACAGCUUCCCAGGAUAAGCCGCUCACCAUUUCUGUGGAGAACAUGACCUGGCCAAAUGAGUUUAACAAGACAGUGCCCCUUUCGGUUUGCAAUGGCAAUUGCCAUUCAGGUUACAGCAAGUUUAAAAUAGAAGGUAGACCAUUUUGUUGCUAUGAUUGUCUUCCAUGUGCAAAAGGGAAGAUUUCAAACAAGACAGAUGCAGGUGAUUGUUCCCAAUGUUCAGACAAUCAAUAUCCAAACAAAGCUCAAAACCGUUGCAUUUUGAAACGGAUCAUAUUUUUGUCUUACAAAGAACCCUUGGGAAUCACCUUGACAAGUGUUGCUUUCUUCUGUUCUGUCAUCUCAGCUAUGGUGCUGGGGAUCUUCAUUAAAUACCAGGACACACCCAUCGUCAAAGCCAACAACAGAAACCUCACCUACGUUCUUCUCAUUGCUCUCCUCCUCUCUUUCCUUUGCACUUUGCUUUUCAUUGGGCAACCUGACCAAGUGAAAUGUCUCAUGCGACAAACUGCCUUUAGCAUUUUCUUUUCUGUAGCCCUUUCUUGUAUGUUGGGGAAAACAACUAUUGUUGUUCUUGCUUUUAUGGCCACCAAGCCAGGAUCCCAAAUAAGGAAAUGGGUAGGAAAAAGACUAGCUAUCUCUAUUGUCCUUGCUUGCUCCCUGCUACAAAUUAUGAUUUGUGUUGGGUGGCUUACAAUUUCCCCCCCAUUUGCUGAUUCUGAUAUGCACUCAAUGCCUGAAGAAAUUGUCCUUGAAUGUAAUGAAGGUUCAACCACUAUGUUUUAUACUGUUCUUGGCUUCUUAGGGCUAUUGACUGCUAUCAGUUUUACUGUAGCUUUUUUUGCUAGGAAGCUACCUGAUAGCUUUAAUGAAGCCAAAUUCAUCACCUUCAGCAUGCUGGUCUUUUGUAGUGUCUGGAUAUCAUUUGUUCCAACCUAUCUGAGCACCAAAGGCAAAUAUACAGUAGCUGUGGAGAUCUUCUCCAUUUUGGCUUCUGCAGCUGGCUUGUUGUGUUGCAUCUUUUCCCCUAAAUGCUACAUUAUUUUCUUGAGACCUGAUUUAAACAAAAAGGAACAGCUGAUAAAAAGAUAA